AUGCUUGCGAGGAGGAAAGGCAUCAUUGACUCCAACGCCGUCGAGCGACAAACCAAGCGCAAACCCCUGGUCCCAAAGGCACCAAUAAUCCGCAGUCAUUCUCCCGUCCCGGCCUCGUCUCCUAACUUGGGAGCUUGCUCGCUUUCGACACCCUCGACGUCUGGACCUUCGUCCAGAUCGGAACAGGCCGACGAAGACCAAGAGCCGGAGCUUGACCGGGAUCAAAACCGUGCGUACUACAGCACCCAUGGGCAGUUUGCUGGUGAAGUCGCAGCCGCAAUAGAUGUGAGAGCAGGGCUCGUCCCGGCCGCUACUUCAAACCUCGUCCCGUUCGUGGAUGCACCCUUGUUUGGGGUGUUAGACCUGCACUUCCCGUAUAAUGGUCUAAACUCCGCAAUGGAACUGCCUCCCCGCGCUCACGCUGAUAGGCUUGUCUGUAUAUAUUGGCAAUACGUCGAUCCGGUGGAACCUGUCCUGAGCCGAGAACGUUUCCUACACGACUAUGAGGCGACGUACUCUCGGUCUGGCGCACUGCUCCACGCAGAACAUGACGUCUGGCUAAGCAUCCUCAAUGUCGUCUUUGCCCUGGCAGUGCAGAGACAAGAAUCCAUCCCUCCGCAACAGCGCGACGAAGAGGGGAGCCGCUUUUUCCAACGCGCGUGGGUGCUUCUCCGACCGGAGACAAUUCUAUGGAAGCCUGGAACGCUUGAGCUGGUCCAAUGUUUGAUGCUCAUGAAUCGAUACCUCCACUGCACCAGCAACCAAGUGAAGACAUGGAUGACAGCGGGGUUGGCAAUACGCAUUGCGCAGAGCAUCUGUUGCCAUCUACCCGAGGGGUCUUCAGCCAAGCAUCCUUCUAUUGACAGGCAGUUGAAAGAACAGGUAUGGGCCGGCUGUGUGGCUCUAGACCGCUGCGUCUCCUGGUCCCUUGGCCGGACAUCAGCACCAUCCUUGAUCUCCUUACCGAACAGGGCCGACUCCAUGUCUACAAGCGCGAGCUACCUACAGGGCGGUAGACAUGCGGGGCAUCUUUCACGAGAGCUGCAUGAAAUUGGCAAUCAGAUUCAGUUGGCACAGACACAGACACGGAAUCCUCUCGCUGCCAGAUUGGGGCUGCCACGUCUAUAUCAACAGGACGACUACCACUCCGUGGCGGUGCAGCUAGAUGCCUGUCUCAACAAAUGGGAGAAUGAUCUCCCCAGCGACUGGAAGUUGGAUAACCUGGGGAAGGUUGCUGAUAGGGCUUCCCGAGCAGAGCGAUAUGUACUUCAUCUUCGGCUCCUUCACUCUCGAAUCGUCCUGUACAGACCUAUGCUCGCACGUCUCUACUCUCUGAAAUCCCACCCAGCUACAGUCCAGGCACAGCCCAUCCCUCCAAGCCUAAGCGAUCGUCUUCUCAGAGAAUGCGCCGGAAUGUGUGUGGAAACCGCGCAGAAGCUCACCUCCUUGAUCAUCGAGACGCUGGAGCCAAACGAACCAAUGGGUCUCCUGCCUUGGUGGUAUCGAGUAUAUUAUCUACAUAUUGCGGGAACCAACUUUCUAGCGGCCAUGUUCGAAGCGGACCUGUUCACCACAUCGGUGUCGCAGUCGUGGAGAGAUGUCAUAUCGGCCCUCCGCGCACAUGAGCAUUUGAGUAUUUACGUCCAACAGUGCAUCCGGACCUUUGAACUGCUCUCGACACGGAUCCUGGAGACGCAGUAUCCCACUCCGGAUGUGACUGGGGGGAUGCCGCUCGAGGAGGCCACCUCUGGGUCCCUGUUCGACCACAUUUUCCAGGAUUUGGGGUUUGAUUGCGAUAGUUUUCUCUUUGGCAUGGAGGAUUUUACUGAAGGCGUACGAGAUAGUUCGAGCUGA